AUGGAGGACGUGAAGUUGGUGGAGAGAAUGAUGGUUCUACCGGAGACGCCAACACCGCGCCGGCGUGUUUUCUUAUCAAACAUAGACCUAACCCUCGUUGCAUACCAAGAAUCAGUAUCCUUCUUCGAUCCUCCUGCGAAUCAGAUGAGCCUCUCAGAGGCAUUUCACCGCCUAUGCCGCGCGAUAUCCCAGGUACUCGUGUCUUACGACUUCUUGGCUGGAAGGCUGGUGCCAUCUCUGGAGGCAAGUAACCGGCUCGAGAUCGACUGCAACAAUGCAGGGUUCGUGGUUGCUGCAGCCACCACCAAGACUACGUUGAGCCAGCUCGGUGAGCUCAUGGCGCCCAAGCCGGAGUUCGAGCGGUUGGUUGCUUUCUUGCGUGAAGAGGCUGAAGAUGAGCUGGAGCUGAAAGACAAGCCUCUGGGUUUUUUUCAGUUGACACAGUUUGGGUGUGGAGGCCUGGCCCUGGGAUCAAGAUAUUACCACUGCAUCCUAGACGGUGUGGCCAUUCAUGAUCUUGAGAUGAACUUGGCUUCCCUGACUCGCGGCGAAGGCUUGGUCGUGAUAGCCCAUUCACCCUCCGCGGAACCAGUGAUGCCCCCAUUGAGAAAUCCGGGAGGCAUGAUCAGAUUCACCUGA